UCAGAUCCGCGUUCAUAGCGCGUGCCUUCAGGAAAGCGUGCAAGGGCUUGCGAGACAACGCGCAAAGCUGUUCCUUGGAAGGGAAAAAACGAACCAUCCUGUCUGCUUAUCCAAGUGCACCAGAACAGCAACACCUCCUGGCUGAAAAAUUAUCCAUGGGGAAGCGGAAUAGAGACGUCCUCGUCUUCAAGAAGCGCUACUAUCCGAAGGCCCAAAAGAAGAGAAGGAUAAACCCAAAUACGGGAACGCCAUCGGAGAGCCAGUUACAACCUCAGAGGCAACCGGAGUCCAGAACUACCUCUCUAGAUUCCGAAGGCGCAGUCUCUCCUGCGGUCGUACCAUCUCAGCUAAUUACAACUGGUCCCUUUGAGCCUCGGUCUCACAAAUGGUUUCGCGCUACUUGGGAGAGAAGACGGAAUUUCUCGCCGUUCCAGAAAAGCAACAUUGUCUUGUUAGUCAUGGUGGCAGCCGGGUUGUUCCUGACUGGUGUCACCGCGUACUUUGUCGACACAAUACGGGGCAGGAUUCACCAGGCGUACGCGUGCCGUUCGCCCGUUUGCAGAGAGCUGGAAGAAAGAGCGCAGAUGUUCGCGGGUAAGACAGACCCAUGUGACGAUUUCUUCGCAUACGUCUGUCACAAGUGGAUUAAUGGCUCGAACGCUGCGGAAGGCUUCAUUGAGGAGCACAACGUUCGGGCAAAGGCAGAGCUGAAGCAACGCUUCUUCUCCCACAAGUUCUACGGGACGAGCGAAACCUUGCUGCAAGAAUCCAUGAUCAUGUUCUUCCAGAGCUGUUACACGUUCAGGUCCUCUACAAAUGUCGGAGACUCCAUGAGAAUAAUGAGCAGGAGGUUCUUCAGCUGGAUAUUUCACACCACGAAGCUGUGGCUUCACGGUGGGCUCUCGCUAGAAGAUCUGUAUCCCAAGAUGACUCUAUUUUCCUUAAGGAUGAAUUAUACUACCGUCCUCCGUGUCUCUCUCUCCGCGUCAACGUGUACGAUUGCACCAGGUAUGUCGUUUCGGUCCAAGACGUCUCUCAUGUCUGAAAAAGAACGAUACCUGCUGCUGGAAAAAUUGAUCUGGAGCGUGCAAAGGGAAAUUUCGACCCAGCCGUUUGUCGAGGCAGUACUACAGAUAGACUCCGCGAUCCAUAAGCUAGAAGCAGUUCAAAGCCAGACAGUCGAGAACUUCCCACGUGUACGAGAUCUAAACCUGUUGAACUACUCGGGAUGGGUUGAGGCUUUCACAGCCGACCUUCUGGAAGGCUAUGGUGGUGGAGGAACCCAGGUGGAUGUUGACAAGAUCGACGUCAGUGUCGUCAACAGAGGAACAAUCGAGUCAAUGAUGGCAGUCUUGGAAAGUGCUCCUGCAGUGAUCCGCACCCUUUAUGUCGCUGUUGUUGCCGUAUACCCUCACUUCGACAUGCUGUUCGGAAGCUCGCGUUUCAUGAGUCCCACAAUGUUCUGCACCAUGCUCACAUCACAGCUGUUCACCACGGCAUACAUCGACUUCGUCGUCAAGAACCAGGAACCAAAAGUGCGAGGUGACAUCAUCACGCUGUUCGAAGGUGCAAAGGCCGCUUUCUUGCGAUAUAUAAAAAAUAUUUCCGAAGAUGCCGUACCAUGCGCUCGCCGGUUUUCCCUACGGACGUUCACCAGGCGACUCAGGCCGCAGUCGUUCAGCAAGGGCCUUGUAUCUGAAGAUUUUCUAGCCAACGUGUUCAGGCUGCAUAUAUGGCAAGUGGCGCAGGAAGCCAACCUUAGCGCAAUUACCCGCUCGAAGAGCCGUGAACCGUUCUGGGCGCGUUUGGAGUGGGAAGGGCACUUGGGGUUCGUCCCUGCCAGCCACGCCUUUGUCAUUGCCACCCAGAACAUGAUUCCCGAGGUCUUCAUCGAAGAACGGCUAUACAUGAAUGUCGGGUUGAUGGGCGUAGCAAUGCAACAGGGCAUUCUGAGUGCCUGCUUUCCAUCGGUCAUGCUGGACAAUCCCAAGGGGAAGAUAAGGGACGAACUUUCUUGUUAUAGUUCGCAGCAUGGUACGUUGACGGCCAACGCCUCAGCUGGCGCGUCGCGGGACAUCUUCAAGAGGGUCACUGCGCUUCGUCUCGCGUACAACCAGAGCAGAGAUGCGCCGUUGGCGGAGGAUGAGCGGCUCGCUGCAGACCAGUUGUUCUUCCUGCGGUCCUGCUUGAUGCAUUGUCAUCGUGAUUGGGACCCCGACGGGGAGGAAGGUGUUCUGCCUCCACGAUUGAGGUGUCACAUUCCGCUUAUGAACACUCCGGAAUUCCACCAAGCCUACGGUUGCCGUGAAGGCUCUCCGAUGCGUGCCGUAAAGCCGUGCCCCAAAGCUUGACUGCGGUGGUGGUCUCUUAACGCUGGAUAAUAAUUGCGAGCUUAGCCAUGAAUAGGAGUGGGUAUGUUGAUACUACUGCCGUGGUCACACUACACAGUGACCCUCUGAGAACUGAUCAAUGUCCAUAAUGUCUGCAGAUUCACGUGAACGCUUAUGGUUUGUGUCGGUAAUGUGUCUGCUUUGUCGGUUAACUUCAAAUCUGAUAUUAUGGUAUAACAUUCGUAUAAAUAAAAUGUCGGUAACGCAGACCAAAGCUGA